GUGUCUGGUUGCAGCGCGGUUUUUGCCCUUUUCCUGGGGAGGGAGGGAGCUAGCGAGGAGGACGAUAUGGGACUCUGCCUGCCAGAACCCAAGGAAUCCAUCCACGCCCUUGCCCUCGCCCUCGCCUUCUCCAUCUCCCUCGCUCUUGCUGCUGCUGCUUCUGCCGCCGCUGCCGAGAGACCACCACCUCCACUACCACUGUUGCUUCUGCUGUGCUGCCACAGCGAGGCGAGGCGAGCAACAACGACAACAGCUACAGCUACAGAUACAACGACAACAACAGUAACAGUAACAGCGCGGGCGGGCGCAGUAUAUCUCUUGCAUAUACCUUUUUCUUUUUCGCGAUGAAUGAAAAGAAUAGACUCCUUGACAGAUCUGGCAGCGACAUUUGUGGCUUUCCCUGACGCUCGUUCUAUCAAUUCCAUUCUUCAGCCCGCAGAGCACUAAGGCGGUCUCGGGAAGCAGGACCGACUCAAGAAGGAGAGCCCCUUCCUCCCUCUUCUCCACGUCUCUUUCCCUUCUUAAUUUCUCCGUGAACGCCUUCUUAAUUAGUUCUGGGGCUGGGUCGGUGAAAUUUCUUCCGGGUUGGUUGAAAUCUCUCUGAUCAGAUCUGUGAGGAAUUUCGUGUCUUCAGGAGCAGCCUUGGAUUUUGCUUCUCUCCUUCUUCCGGUUCCGGCAGGGGGUUAUUUGCUAAGAGUUUGGUCGACAAAGGUGAGGAGCCAAGGUGAUUCCUUCACAGGACCGAUCUUUUUAAAGAUCUGGGAGAGGGAAUAAGGUUGUGUUGUCGGCUUCUUGUGCUAUCGUAUCGCGGGUGUUUCAUUCUGGGGCUCCCGCUGGCUUUGGCUCUCUGCUAUCUUCAUCUCGAACUGGUAAUUUGCUGGUUUGUUGUGGUUUUGCUGCCUUGGAUGGUCGUAUGAUUGUAGAUUGGCGCGGAUAUGGUGGCCGUGGCAAAUGGGUUGUAGCCAUAACGACACAAGAAGAAGGGAAGAGUUUGGACUGGGGAAGGAGCAUGGAGUGGAAAGUUGUUUUCUUUUGUCGGACGCUUUGUUUGGUGCUACUGCACUUUCUCUAUUUGUCCGCGGCAACGCUCUCGCCUUCUGGUAUAAAUUACGAAGUUGUAGCAUUGGUUGCGAUCAAAAUGGAAUUAAAUGACCCCUACAAUGUUUUGGAAAAUUGGGAUAUCAACUCAGUAGAUCCAUGCAGCUGGAGGAUGGUCACCUGCACGUCUGAUGGUUAUGUUUCUGCCUUGGGAUUGCCCAGCCAAAGCUUGUCUGGAAAAUUAUCUCCUGGGAUGGGAAAUCUCACGAAUUUACAGUCUGUGCUGCUUCAAAACAAUGCUAUAUCUGGUCCUAUACCUGCUGAGAUUGGCAAACUAGAGAAACUCCAGACACUGGACUUAUCCAACAAUCAGUUUGGGGGCACUAUUCCGAGUUCACUUGGGGACCUUAAAAACUUGAAUUAUCUGAGACUAAACAACAAUAGUCUAUCUGGAUCUUGCCCUGACUCAUUGUCAAAUAUCAAAGGUCUCACUCUUGUGGACCUUUCCUAUAACAACUUGAGUGGUUCCUUGCCAAGAAUAUCUGCGAGAACCUUCAACAUUAUUGGAAACCCUUUAAUAUGUGGAACAAAUUUGGGAAGUAACUGCUCUUCAACAUCACUCGAUCCAAUUUCAUAUCCACCAGAUGACCUAAAUGCUCAGUCAAGGUUUGGAGGAACAAGAAGUCAGCGUGUUGCUAUUGCAUUUGGUGUUAGUGUUGGUUCUGUUACAUUACUGGUAUUUGUUAUUGGCUUGUUUCUUUGGUGGCAGCACAGACAUAAUCAGCAAAUCUUUUUUGAUGUAACUGAUCACUAUGAUCCAGAAGUAUGCCUUGGGCACUUGAAGCGGUAUUCAUUUAAGGAGCUCCGAGUAGCCACCAAUAACUUCAAUUCCAAAAAUAUAUUAGGAAAAGGAGGAUAUGGAAUAGUUUACAAAGGUUGUAUGCGUGAUGGCACCAUAGUGGCUGUUAAACGUUUGAGAGACUAUAACACCAUUGGAGGAGUUCAGUUUCAAACUGAGGUUGAAAUGAUAAGCUUGGCAGUUCAUCGUCAUUUACUUAGGCUUUGUGGAUUCUGCACAACAGAAAAUGAGAGACUCCUUGUCUAUCCUUACAUGCCUAAUGGGAGUGUAGCUUCUCAACUAAGAGAACAUGUUCAUGGUAAGCCAGCUUUAGACUGGUCAAGGCGAAAGAGAAUAGCACUGGGGACAGCCCGAGGAUUAUUGUAUCUGCAUGAGCAGUGUGAUCCAAAAAUUAUUCAUCGUGAUGUAAAAGCUGCCAAUAUUCUUCUUGAUGAAGAUUUUGAAGCAGUGGUUGGGGAUUUUGGAUUGGCAAAACUUUUGGAUCACAGGGAGUCACAUGUUACAACAGCAGUACGUGGAACAGUAGGACACAUUGCGCCGGAAUAUCUUUCAACAGGUCAAUCAUCAGAGAAGACUGAUGUCUUUGGCUUCGGUAUAUUAUUACUUGAGCUGAUUACUGGUCAGAAAGCACUGGAUUUUGGAAGACUCACAAAUCAAAAAGGGGUGAUGCUUGACUGGGUAAAGAAACUCCAUCAAGAGAACAAGCUGUACAUGAUGGUGGACAAAGACCUCAAAAAUAACUAUAACAGAGUUGAGCUUGAGGAGAUGAUUCAAGUGGCUCUGCUUUGCACGCAAUUUCACCCUUCCCAGCGCCCAAAGAUGUCAGAGGUGGUAAGAAUGUUGGAAGGUGAUGGGCUUGCUGAAAAGUGGGAAGCCUCACAGAGGAUGGACACCCCAAAGUCAAGAUCUUCAGAGCAGCUUACUCCAAAGUAUAUAGACUUCAUGGAGGAUUCUUCGUUUGUGGUAGAAGCAAUUGAACUUUCAGGGCCUAGGUGAGUACAAUAUGUUCAUCAACUGUAAAUGGAGGAAUCUUCUGAACUUUCAGGGCCUAUAUGAGUACAAUAUGUUCAUCAACUGUAAAUUCGUGGGUUUUGGAAGCUUGGAAAUGCAUGUGGAUUACAAUUGUGUACUUCUUGCAGUUUGAUUGCAUGACUGUACAUCUGUAUAAAAGGAAAGAGAUUGUUGUAAAAGAAAAUUUUGUCAAAUUUCAGUCUUUGUCAAAGAGAUUGUUGUUUGCGUG